GAUAGAUGUUUGUUGCGUGACUGAUUUCAGAGGGCUCCCACAUCUUGGUGACCCUGACGUGAUGUUCGUGACGGACAGCUAGAGACCCCCGAGCAGGGGUGCCCUGAUCCCUCUUGCAGCGGUUGCGACCGGGCGUUCGAGAGAGACGCGUGUGGCCACAGUUCGACCGGUGAGUCGGAGCCCUUGAGGCUGUAGCUGUUAAAGCUGUUUAUUUGCAAGAUGGGAGGCUCCGUUUCUGCUUUAGAAAAAGCGACGGUGGAUUCAUUGAUGUCGUUAGCGAAGAAAAAGGGAGAGACUUUUAAUCGCUCGCAGCUUGUAGACUUGUUGUAUUGGGCUAAACGCCGAGGGUUUUUGAAGGACACUGUAGAUAUUUUUGCGGAAAGGACUUGGCAAGCGGUGGGUGCUGAUCUAUGGGAGGCUAUACAGACGGGGAACAAGGAGGCAAAGACGCUAGCUUCUACAUAUAGACAGCUGCGUCAGCUAAUUGAACGAUUGGGAGCUGAAGCGGAGGUUGGGUUGGCAGCGCAGACUCUGGUGUCACCGGCAGCGGAGAAGCUUUCGCUUUCUCCCGAACCACUUCCUCCUGUAACAGAGCCGCAGUCACUGUCAUCAGACUCAUCUACGUCUGGUCCAUCAUCCUUUGAUCGACUGCCUGAUCCUCCGCCUGUGUAUGUUGCUGCACCGGCACAAAAGGGUCCUUAUGAUGACCUUAUUCCCCCAUGGGAGCCUCCUCCUCCUGCCGCUCCCGCUGCUCCUGCUGCUCCUACUUCUGCUGUUUCCCCCGCUCCCUCCGCCCCACCUGCGGAUCCCAAAUCUUCCUCUACCAAUCCCUUUUUGCAACCCUUUCCCGACCCUGCUUCGGUGCCUUUGCCAGAUGAUAUGGACAUUGAUGUGGGUCCGGAUGCUUCUUCUACCCUACAUAUGCAACUAGCUGAGCUAACAAAGGCAAUGGUACAGCUCUUAGCCGAAAUGAAACGGUUAGACAAGGGCUCCUCUUCACAAGCGGUGCAAAAGGCAUACCGGCAGGCUCAUGAUGCCAUUGUCUCCGGAUUAAAGACUCUGGAAGAUAAUUCCCAGCCUUUAUUAACUGCUCAGCAAAUGGAUAGACGCAGGCGGGCUUUGCAGACGAUAUAUGAUCAUGCCUUUGAUUUGGACACUGCUCAACAUUUCCUGAAAACUAAGCAGCUCCCAGUACUCUCUCCCAAGGAGGCAGAGAGAUGGAUAAGGCAGCCAGAGCCUCCUCCUUCUGAAGGACUGGUUGAGAACUUUGCAAGAUGGUUGAAGGAUAAGGGGGAUGUAAAAAAUGCAGGGGGAGCAGAAGAUCAUGGUAAAAACGAGUGUGGGGGUAAGGUUUCAGGACCCUCUGCGGAUCCAUCCUUUAACAUGGUUAAAAGAUGGAAAGGUAUUGUAACUAAUGCUGAAUUAACAGGUGAUUUUCAAUUUGUUACUGCCCCGGUGGUUGCAGCCCCGAUUAUACGAGAUGCCAGUGGAAAUCAUUAUCAACCAUUAAAUUGGAACCUUAUUGCUAAAGUACAAAAAUCAGUGAUAGAUUAUGGCGUAGACAACUGCUUAGUGCGUAGGCAGGUGGAAGCAGUAUUGAAAUACCAAGAAUUGGUACCUGCUGACAUUAAGACAAUAUUUGAGCUCAUUCUUGGACCUACCAGUUAUAUGUUAUUUCUCAAUAAAUGGCAAGAAAGAUUGGCGAAUAAACAAUUGGAGAAUUUACAUUUGCCAGAUGGUGAUCCACUUCGAUAUGCAGAUUUGGAUAUGCUUAUGGGUCAAGGUCAGUUUCUGGACCCUGAGAGGCAGGCAAUGUUGCAUGUCCGUAUAUUGGCUCAAAGUAAGGCAGCAGCCCUAGAAGCCUUUUCGUUGCUUCCUCAAGUGGGCAAAUCGCGGCAACCAUACUUACAAAUCCGUCAAGACGAAAAUGAAGCCUUUUUGAAAUUUGUUGAUAGAGUUAAAGAGGGAGUGGAAUCGGCCCCUGAUAUUCCUCAUACCGUAAAAGAUACCAUACUUAAAGAGAUAAUUUUACAAAAUGCCAAUAUGACAUGUAAACGCUUGUUGGCCACAUUGCAUCCAGACGUGACCAUUUUGCAAAUGAUUGAGAUUUGUUCCAGGGCCCCUAUGGAGUCAGAAAAGGAAAGAGCGUGCAUUCACACUUCCGCCUUAGCUGCUGCACUGACUAAGGCUAAUGCAGCUAAAGCACCCAGCAAUAAGGCUCCAUCAGAUGCAUGUUACAAUUGUGGACACCGUGGACACACCCGAAAACAUUGCCCCUUAAGGCUGCAGAAGCAGCGUGCAACUGCUACUGUACCUGCGGAUUCUGUUUUUGCGUGAGUUUGUCGUCGGUGUGAUAAGUUUGGUCACAAAGCCAGUGAGUGUCGCUCUCCAUUUAAGCGUGAUGGAACUCCCCUACCGGGAAACGAGAGCCGCGUGGGGGGCGCGGCGAUAUCU